UCCAACAUCAACUAUAGAAUUCAUCAGUUUAUUGUUCUACCCUCAAGAAUUUUUAAGAAGCUAAGCACACAAGCAAUCUCUUCUCCAAAAAGAGGAACAAUGGAUUCAUCUUCAAAAACAAGUUUAGAAUCAAGCAAGACAACGACUCAAGCUACAUUUCCCAUAACUUUUCCUAUCGAUCUUCAAGGAGACCUAUUCUCAGACCUAUUCCCGACUAGUAGCAUGAUCAUUAGGGACCAAAUCAUGGAAGAUGUUCAAAAUGUUAGACCUGACUCUCAAAGUAUCCUAUUUCCGGUUAUCCGGCAACAAGCAGCAACAAAUGAGAUGGAAGCCUAUGAUGAUUUUAUGACAAAGUUAUGUAAUGACAUUGACAAUGAUAUUCUUCAAAUGGGAGAGGACAAUUUCAAAGACCUUUUAUCAGAUGAGCCAAUUCCUUUAGAUGGUGAUAUUUCAUUGGAUGUUCUUAAAGCCAUGGAAGCUGGACUAGGUCAAGAACUAGCAAAUACUGAUACAACAGGAAACUCACUCAAUCAGUUUCAAUCACCAGUUAUUCCAGUGCAUCCUUAUUAUGGUGGUGCUAGUGCAAGUUCUGGUGCUGGUGUUGAUGCUAAUGCUUUUGUUGCUGCUAGUGCUGGUGGUAUUAAUGCUAGCUUUGGUGUUGGUGUUAAUGCUAGUGGUGGGAACACAUCAGUUAGAUUAGCAACUAACCCACAAAAUCCUCUACCAGUCGGUGCUACAUUUGGUAACUUCAUGUUUCCUAAUACAACAGGAAACACACUCACUCAUUUUCAAUCAUGUUCAUCACCACCAAGCUUCCCUGUGCUUCCUCAUGCUAGUAGUAGCAGCAGUAGUCACCAACAAUUUCCAAGGUUUCAAUCAUGUUCAUCACCACCAAGCUUCCCUGUGCUUCCUCAUGCUAGUAGUAGCAGCAGUAGUCACCAACAAUUUCCAAGGUUUCAAUCAUGUUCAUCACCACCUAGCUUCCCUGUGCUUCCCCAUGCUAGUAGUAGCAGCAGUAGUCACCAACAAUUUCCAAGGUUUCAAUCAUGUUCAUCACCACCAAGCUUCCCUGUGCUUCCUCAUGCUAGUAGUAGCAGCAGUAGUCACCAACAAUUUCCAAGGUUUCAAUCAUGUUCAUCACCAAGCUUCCCUGUGCUUCCUCAUGCUAGUAGUAGUAGCAGCAGUCACCAACAAUUUCCAAGGUACCUUCCGCAACAAAUGACUGGGAUCAAUCCACAAGGUAUACUUGCAUCGAUGCCUCAGUAUAAUCAGGGACAUUUUUGGUUGCGUCCACCAUCUCUCACGGAUUUUCCAAACUUUGUGCAUGCAUGGGAGGGAAGUUUGGUUGGAAAAAUUCACUCUUAUUGCGAAUUCCUUAACCAAGCAAGGGUCGUGAGGAAACCAACAUCACCUGUCAUGCUUACUGCUGAGUGGUCGGAAAGGCUCAAGAUCGUUCUCUUCAUACCCACAAAUGCUAUCAACUAUACAAUGAAGAUUAUUGGUGGACCCAUUGAUUAUGUGUUUUUUCACAUAAUUCAAUUCAACAAUCUUAACUUAUACGACUAUAUGAUGAGUAAAAAUUUGUGUGCAAAAAUUGAGCUUCCUUCACAAACUCUUAUCUUAUCUAUAACCCAAAGCAAAUAUCAUUAUUUAGGAGCAAUUUUUCCAGAGGUGAGUGUGGAAGUCAAUAUCAUUUCGCAUUAUUAUUUAUUUUUCCUUAAUUCCAAGUUGUGUUUUUGUUGGAACAUUUAGUUAGACGUGGGAGAAUUAGUUUCCUAUUUUUUUUUCAAUAUUUGCAAGUUGACUAAUCAGUGAAUAACGCAGGAUACGAUAUUUGUUGAACCUGCCUAAGUAUGCAUUUUGGCUUGCGGGUCAAAGCAACCCUAAGUCAUGAACAAAAGGUUCAAAGAGUUGUUGUAAGCCAGAAGACCCUUCAAAUAGUCAAUGAACCUUAACAAAUUUGUUGAUGCAAUGAAAAAAAAUAAACAUAUCACAUAGGGCUGAUGGAAACUGUUGUUGGUGAGAACAUUGCAGGAGAGAAUAAGGUGUAAAGGAGAAGAGUGAAAGAUAAGGAAGAAAAUGGUUGGCACGUGUUGUAGCAAGGCGAGCUAGAGGCAACAACUUUGCAUAAGCUGACACAUUGGUUGGAUUGUGGUUUUAAGAAGUGCUUUAAUUUAUAAUUUUUUUCUUAAACAUUUUAUAAAAUAGGUACUAUGGAUUUUUUCCAAAA